AUGGAUCAAGGGAUGAGUGGGGAUGGUGGUGCUCCACCGGAGCCUGUGCUGGAGGUUCCGCCACCACAGGAAAUCAAGAUCCUGGAAAGUGCCGAGGAUAUCCAGGUGCGUGCAAAAUUCUUGAUCGUUUUUUGCAUUCAGUGCCAGUCAGCAGCCAACUUUGUUAUCAGUAGAUCCAGCAGAAGAUUAAAAUUGUUUUUUGUAGAAAUAUCAAAAAAAAAAUAUCAAAUAUCAAACUGUUUUCUGUGCAAAUGUCAUAAUUGGUUGAUAAGAAACAAUUUAUUCAGUAACGCUAUAUUGAAUCGUGAGAGUGUUAGCUUUUAG